CAACAACGAGUGCGUUCUGUGGAAGCGCUAUGGCGGCGGUGAUACCAUGGCAUCUAGCCCUCGUAUUCGCUGCGACACCAUUUGCCAUGGGCUGUCCGUGUCCGCAGUACCAGUGUAAACUGUUCCGGUACAGCUGCAGGCCACUGCCACACCCAUGCAACGGCCGGGUAGCGCUCGGCGCGGGCUUCUGCGGCUGCUGCUGGCAAUGUAUCAAGCAAAUCAGUAUCGGAGACCCCUGCACUCCUACGGGUCUCUGUCCAGGCCCUACCGAGUGUAAGGAGUCCCUCUACUGCGACCCGGACCAAAGAGCCUGCCUUCCUUUUCCUAUUCCGCCCGCCAGAGUGCCUCGCAACUACGACAACGACACGAACUACAACGACACGGAACUCCUCGAGCCUACCCGAGCCGCAUAAGAAGCGCGGGGGUAAAACGGAGUUUGCUUCGCGUAGUGAGUUGGAGACUGAAGGGCAAUACUUGAAUAAUUGAUAUAGUUUAACAUCAAAAAGAGAGAGAGGUUCAUUAGAUUAAGUGAUCGGCAGUGCGGUGAACAAGGGUUGUUUCGAGCAGGGCACCUGUCCAUCAAUGCAAAGACAAGUCUGCUUGUCGGAACACUCGCGGCACAGACAUCCCUUUCUCGACCACUAUGAUUUUAUACUGGUAAAGUGUCCGUUCUACAUUCCAAUUUCACUCAUUUAUUGCACAAAAAGAUUGAUUACUAUUACAAUAAUAAAAGUGGA